AUGGAACGGAUCCCUAUCGACUGGAUUAUGGAAGUUCCUCCUAUUACAAGAACCUAUCUUCUAGGAGUUGUUGGUUUUUCAUUACUGGCGUACACGGGAAUAGUAACAAGAACAGAUUGUUACUACACAUCAGAAUUAGUUUUCAAGAAACAUGAAUAUUACAGACUCGUAUCGUCGUUCUUUUAUUAUGGGAAGAUUUCCCUAGACUUGUUACUUACAUUAUUUAUGAUAUCACGAUAUUUCAAGGCAUUGGAACAGACUUACGCUCGCUCGAUUGAUUUUGUUUGGUGUGUUUGUCUUUUAGCAUCUGCAUUGGUGUUGUACUCAACAUUUGUGGAGAACUUGUAUCAGCUCGGCCCAUAUUUAAACGAGACAAUGCUUUAUAUCUGGUCACGAAGAAAUCCAGAUGUUGAGAUGACCGUACUUGGACUAAUCAACUUUAGAGCAGUGUACUUACCAUUGAUUUCCAUUGUCGCCACACGAAUUGCCAGUAACGGGUAUCAAUUUAAAUGGAAAGCCGAGUUUGCUGCGAUAAUAGUGGGCCAUCUCUUUAUUUACUACAAUGAUGUUUUUCCACGUGUUCAUAGCUGCGAAUCCCCCCUUAGACCAAUAUGGUGUUGGUUUGGAGAUGCGGAAAUUACAAAUCAGGAAAUCGCAAACCAUGAAAUUGAAAAUCAGGAUGCUGACGAGAUUGAAGACCCAAGACAAACCAAUAAUGGAAACGAAAUAGAGGCUGAAAACAGGAACGGUGUUGCAGACAACGAACAUGAAGAAAUAAACCAAGCUGCAUUGGAAAAUGUUGAGGUUCCUAAUGAGAAUCAGCAAAAUGACGCGGAAGUAGUUGAUCCAAACGGAAUUAGGCCUAGGAGGCCGUUCUGA